ACCUGAUCCUUGUGCUACACCACCUUUUCCCGAUCCUCGUGCUUCACCACCUUCACCUGAUCCUUAUGCUGCACCACCUUCUCCUGAUCCUCCUACCGCACCACAUUUUCCUGAUCCUCAUGCUGCACCACCGCCUUCUCCUGAUACUCCUGCCGAAUCACCUUUUCCCGAUCCUCAUGCCGAACCACCUUCCCCUGAUCCUAGUGCCGAACCACCUUCUCAGUCCUCCUGCUCCACCACAACCUUCUUCCACCAGUCCUCCUGCACCACCGCCGCCUUCUCCUGGUCCUCGUACUGCACCACUGCCUUCUCAUCCUCCUGCUGCACUACCACCUCGUCCUGAUCCUCGUCAGAAGCUUGCUAAUGCAAUUUCUCAGCAAAGGGUGGAUGAUUCUAGUUCUGAUUCUAGUUCAGAUGAGAAUAGUUAAUAUUUAUUCAUUCG